AUGACAUCGAUGUCGACCGCGAUGCCGACUGCUUCAUCAGCCGCACCCUCAGGCACAACAAUUGACCAGCUGAGGCAGGCUGCGCUUCUCUCCAAGCGUAGGAAGAUGCAGGCGGUUGAGACGUCGGAGUCCGCGGUUCCUCCUUCCAUGCCCAAAUCAGUUCCCUCUCAGCCCUCCGCUUCCUCGAUUUCUGCUCUGGGCACAAAGCAGGAGGUUACCACGACGCUGAAGAGGAACAAUCCUGAUCGCGAAGAGGGUGAGAUCAGCGAGGAGGAUGAGCCGCCACCCCCGCCCAAGGCGCCGAGACGUCAUGUACCACCACCGAGGCACGCACCAAGUGCGCCUAGAGCAUACUGGACGGCACAAGCCGAGGAUUAUCCUAGGAUUGUACCGCAGCCAACGUUGAGUUCUCGCGAUAUCCCCUUAAGAUCUUCGACCGUGUCGGCUCCGCCUCCAACGCGAACCUCCUCCAAUAUGCAAGCUCAACAACCUCUUCAACGAGACCCCCUCGCUCCAGCAACUUGGUCUCAGCGGGAACUGGAAGAGGUACAGAAUACCCUGCAGCAACUUAUGGGCAUGGGUAUCACCCCGGAAAGCAUUAUGCGAGGAGAUUUGCCACCGGAAUUCCUUCAGAAUACUCUGCCUCACCUCCAUCUUACAACAUCUGCCUCCCCAGGCGCGCUUCUUGGAUCAUUGAAUUCUGCUGCUCAUCCACCACUUCCGGGAUCGGGUGGAUCACAAUUCUCGCAGAACCCUAUUCCUAUUCCGUUGUUCCCAACAGAGAUUGAAUCAGCGAUGCAACCUACUGUCGUUCGAACCUCGCUCACUCCCAAUGCCACCGUCACUCCGCCUCCUCGUCUUUCUUCCACCGCCGAUAUGUUCUCGGAAUUUCCUUCUGGAAUCCCUGGUCUCUCUGUGCCCGUGGCGCCCACAUCCUUUCGAGGCAAGCACACGACGUUCCCAUCCCCCGCCGAACUGGACCAAGUCCUUCAGAAAGAAGAAUAUGCUCGAAGAGCGGCUCUGGCAACGAGGAAACUCAGAGCUGAAAGAGCUGCUGCUGUUGCGACGGCUUCGACCACGAGGACUUCUCCUGUUCCGUCAUCGAGUACUAGAGUCACAGAGUCUACGCGUUCACCAGCUAUAUCCAGCGCGUUUCUCGACGAGUUCGAUGCAUUAUUGGCGGAAGUUGCUUCACCGGCGCGAUCAGGGGAAGACGGUGAAGGCGUUGAAGCUUUUUCACCUGCUCCUACCUACGACACAGAUUUGGCUGAUGAGCGAGAAAUUGAAAGUGCAAUGUUUGCCACAGACGAUGACGAUGCAGAAAUGGAAGUCGAAACUCCUUCUCCUACCAAUUCCUCGGAUGAGAACCCCGCGAUUGGUCUACCUACAAUUCCAACGGUGACAGCUUCGGAAUCAACGUCUUCGUCGACCACACCGGGUGACGUAACUCCAAUACUACCGUCCGAGUCCAUUGCUGCAACCCGACCUAACGGCAGAGCUUUCAUUGCCGAUCUGGACGCUCAACCAUUAUCGCGCCCGGAACAAGCGCCUGUCCUUUCCCGUCCACAUCAUGGUUAUCGGCGAAGCUAUCAUCAUCAACGUCGAGAAGAAUAUCGUCCCCUUGUUAUAGACAUAUCUGACUCCGAGGAUGAUGGCUCGGAUGAUGAUGUCUCAACCUCCAAGUCCCCAGAAGCACCUGUUGACAACUACCUUCCUCAGCUGCUUCGGAAGCUGAAAUUGCUCGAAUAG